AUACCGAGGAAGGGUCGAGUGAUCCUAGGCCUCGUCGGGCAAAUGCAAAAAUGAGACAAGCUGCUGUUGGGAUAUGUAACAUCCACCAUGAUACGCACAUGUGCAAGGAACCGUGCCGUACCUCCGCCUUAACUGGUUAAGCUUGGGUCACCGAGCUGGAAUAGGGAAACCCAAAGCGUAUGUAUCAAUCAUUUAUAUGAGUAAGAUGAAUUUCUUUUCAUUUGUUUACCAACUUGAGCAUAAUUAUGGGUUGCAAGUAUCCGAGCGAAUCUUGGUUGCUGAGCAAGUAGCUAUCUUUCUCUGGAUUAUGGGCCAACGAGCUAAUAAUAGAAAUGCCCAAGAACGUUUUCAACAUUCGGGGGAGACUAUAUCAAGGCAGUUCCAUAAUGUGCUAAACGCCCUCAAUGCCAUGGCUAUCAAUUGGGUUAGACCAUGGCCUCAACAAGGAGUGCAUAGCAAAAUAGCUAACAAUCCAAGAUAUUAUCCACAUUUCAAGGUAUUUUUUGUAAUUGAUUUAUUCGUUUUACGAGUAUCCAACCAAUUUGUUGCCUUGGAGCUUUUAACCAAUCAAUUUUCUAUAUGUAGGACUGCAGUGGGGCUAUCGAUGACACUCACGUAAAAGCCCACCCAACUAGGGGCGACCCCAAACAGAAAUGGAUUGGUCGUAAAGGAUAUCCAACACAAAACAUUAUGGCUGCAUGUGACUUUGAUAUGUGCUUCACUUUUGUCUUAUCGGGAUGGGAAGAAAGUGUGCACGACACAAGAAUUUUUUUUGAUUGCAUAAGGAAUCCUGCGUUAAAUUUUCCAACACCACAAGGAGAUCAAUUUUAUUUGGUAGAUGCCGGGUACCCAAACACUCCUGGUUAUCUAGCACCAUACAAAGGUUGUAGAUAUCACCCUUCUGAAUGGCGUGACGGAGGCACACCAAGGACCAACUUUGAAAGGUUUAACAAAAUACACUCCUCUCUUCGGUGCACCAUUGAAAGACCAUAUGGCGUUUGGAAAGCUCGUUGGCCUCUGAUUUGUGACAUGCUUGUUGGCUUCACAAUGACAACACAAGUAGCUCUUGUAUCCGCAACGAUGGCGAUUCAUAAUUUUAUAAGAAGGAACAACUUUUCUGACAUUCCUUUUGGUUUCUAUGAUAGACGACCAACUUUCUUGCCUUCAGAUCGAGAAGUAGAAACCACAGCACCUAACGGCAACCAUGGAAGUAGGGUCCAACGUGAUAAUCGUAACAUGGACAUUGUAAGGGCAUCUAUGCGAGAUUUCAUGAUGGAAAACAAUAUACGUUAG